AUGAAUCUGCAUUUACUUACUAUGAGGGAACUGGAAAAGGCAAGGAGCUGGUGGAAGCUGAAUCCAGAAUGGGAGUCAUGUGGGAAGGGGAAGUAUCAGUCUCCCAUCAACAUUGUGGAAGAAGAAGUGGGCGUUCUUCCUGAGCUUGGGAAGCUCCAAAGAGACUACAACCCAGCUCGGGCGCUGAUCAAGAAUCGGGGCCACGACAUGACGAUAAGCUGGAAACAAGAUGCUGGGAAGAUUACUAUCAAUGGGACUCGUUACAGGUUGAUCCAAUGCCAUUGGCAUACCCCUUCUGAGCACUCUUUCAAUGGAACAAGACAUGUUCUAGAGUUGCAUAUGGUUCAUCAAAGCCAAGAUAAUAAGACCGCAGUUAUUGGAAUUCUAUACAAAUAUGGACGACCUGAUCCCUUCCUUUCAAGGCUGUUUCAUCACAUCAAAUCAAUUGGGAAAGAAGAAAAAGAAAUUGGGAUUGUGAAUCCCGGAGACAUCAAGUUCGGGACCAGAAAAUAUUACCGAUAUAUUGGCUCUCUUACGGUUCCUCCGUGUAGCGAAGGUGUCGUUUGGACGAUACUCAAGAAGGUGAGAACAGUUUCACGGGAUCAAGUGAGAGUUUUGGCUAAUGCUAUUCACGAUGGUUGGAAGAAAAAUGCAAGGCCAAUACAACCCACGGGUGGAAGAAGAAUUCAAUUUUAUACUCCACACAAAUGAAGGUAUUUUUGUGGUUGGUUUACCUCAGAGCUUAAAGGGAAAUUAAAGGAAAUCAACUUCAAAUGUUGAAUCCAUUUAUAUCCAAUAAAGUGAUUUAAAUUUUACAUAUUCG